CUUAGAUUAAUGAGUAGCUAACUGUAACUCUUUUAAAGGCACUCUUCCCCAACUCAAUCAUGAACUGCAUGUUCCAUGAGAUUAAAAAUAAGAAACUAUAACUAAAUAUCACAGAUCUUUGUUUUCAUGGGCUAAAUUAGCUUUGAGUCGGUUAAUUUGGAGACAAUAUCUACCUUAGCAAUUGAAUCACAAAAUCCAGAAUUGUGUACAAAUUCAAGCACAAGAAGAUGAACAUAACUUCAUAUUGCUUUAAUAAAAUGCACAAAAAUUGCAAAGUUAAUUACACCAAAACUGCAUAUGUUCAAAUUUAUCAAAGAAAUGAUGCAGUGGAACAAGCUUUUUUUGCACCAUAAUUCACCCUAAAGUGUACACAUAUGCUCGUCAGAAAUGCUCUAAUUAUCUCAUGAUUUCAGUUGAAACAAAAUGUGUAAUCUACACAGAAUAAUGCAAGUAUACAAGAAUUUGUUCACAGACUGGUGGGAAGAGGAUUUAAUAACAUAUACAAAGAAAAGGAAAAUAGAUUAUCAGUUGCUGAUCAUAAAUCAUUUAAAAAAUCUGCAAUUACAAGAGCACCUAAUCUUCGAUUCUCCUCUAGAAGAUACGCCUAGGAGAAAUUUUUCUCAAAAAAGACUGAUGCAAUCUGACUUGGAUGGAGAGCCAUCCCCAUUCGCGAUAGGGAACAAGACAACAAGCGAGUACCUUGGUUUGCUUCUCCACAAAGUACAUAAGUUUAAGGAUAAUUGCACCUUGUAGGUCGGUUGCUACAUAAGGAGUAAGGACUCUCCGACUCAAAUAUUCAUCUUUCCCCUGGUUGAAAAAAUCUCGUGCACGACACGCGUCCAUCGUGCGCACAUCCAUGUGAACUUGUCUGAGAGCAGCGUGGGUGUGUGCACACCUUUCGUCCAACCUUUACGUUGUAGAUUGUAUUGCAUGGUGUGCGCACCUCUUCGAUGGCGUUUUUCUUUGUUUUCUGCUCUUUGAGUCUGCAUCUAAUCUCGUGCUCGAUUUUUGAACUCUGUAUUCAAUUUCAUCCUCUUCGUAUGCUCAAAGUCAUCUUUGCUUCUCAAUUUUCCUCGCAAGUGUCCCUAAAUCUCAAAUUGAACUCUGCAACGCGGUGUGAGGCUCAAUUUCGAGAUUUCAAUUCUAAAAAUAUCAAAUGCAAACCAAAACUCAGUACACCAAUCCCAACAUGCAUGAAAUGCGUGUUAAAAUUCGGAAUUAUCACACCCUCCCUAGCUUCUUACCCGCACUCACUCUUUGUAUCUGCCUAUCUGGGAAGAUUUUACCCUACCUAACUCGAAUACUCGAUCACAUACACAUCAUCAAAUGAUAUCUUUGAGUCUUCUUCUUUCACAAGAAUGCUCUCACUUUUGUCUCUCAAGGAGACUCUCACUCAAUCGCUCAAGAGCUCUCCUCAAAGUUCUCAUAAAAAUAGGAAACUUCUCUAUAUUAAUCUCAUCAAAGCUUCUCUACUUUUUUUUUUGUACACCACUACACAUCUAGAUUCUUCCAAAAAGUCUUCACAAGCUUUUCUAAUCUUCUUGAAGGAUGUAGAGAACUUCACAAUUAUUCAAAAUGUUCUAAAGGCUUUCACACACUAUCACACGAUUUUAGUGAGUUCCAAACUUCUCGAGAAAACUCCACAUUAUUAUUAUUCUAAAACAUUCAAUACUUCUCUACACAUAUAGAGAAUCUUAGACAUCUUUGUAAAUUAUAAAAUUCUCAUGAAUUUUUCCACCAAGGAGGGAAUCCAACACAGUCUCGAGAAUGUUUUGAUCUUUUCGUUGCAAGAAAUGUGACAACAUAUUCAUCAAAUUCAAUACUUUCUUGCUCAAUGUAACCACGAAAAGCCAAUUCGUGUGUCAUCAAAGGUCUAAGACAAUGCACAUUUGCAUUCAAAUGAGUGUGGUAUGCUGCGGUCAAUACUUGUAUUCCCAGAGACACGUACGUUUUCUGAAAGACUUUACCUUUUAUUUUAAUACUUAAUCUAAAAUUAAUCUUAAUUGGUAUUGAUUUUUGAAAAGAAGGGAGGCAUUAAAUAUAUGUUUAAUUAUCAAAAUAGGACUAAAAGUCACUCACUUUGCACAAAUAGGACCAAAAAUAAACUAUGUUUCCAUAGGAACAAUUAUGGGUGUCUUGGACAAAUAUACCUUUAUAGCUAUUGGAAUGUUUUAAUUCAUAAUAAAAUAAUAAAAAUAAUAAAAAUUCGUAAACAAACACCAAAAAAUAAUAAAAAUAUUUUAAAUAAUAAUAAAUUAAAAAAUAAAUUGGAAACAUUUUUUAAAAAAAUGCAAAAAUAAAAAAUAAAAAAUCGCCGCCGCCCCUGCCGCCCCAGCACCACCACCUCCAGUCAUCUAGGGAAAAAAUGCCAAAUUCUUUAUGAAUGCCAUAUUUUUGGCAUAAGUGAGUAUGAUUCAAGUUGGAAGAAUGAUUCAAGUUGGCAUUCUCAAAGAGAAAUAUGCCAUUUUUGGCAUUUUUAGAGAAAAAAGGCAGUUUUUAGUAAAUAUGGCAUUUUUUAAUAGGCGGGGGUGGUGGUGCAGGGAGGUAGUACCACCACCUCCUGUCACCGAGGAAAAAAUGCCAAAAUAUUACGAAUGCCAUAUUUUUUGCGGAAGUCAAAAGGAUUCAAGUUGACAGAAUGAAAAUGUUGGCAUUCUCAUAGAGUAAUAUGCCAUGUUUUUUUAUUUAAAAAAAUGGCAUUUUUUACACCAAUCGGAGGUGGUGGUGCAGGGAGGUAGUACAAGCGGUGGGAAAGGCAUCCAUAUUUUUUUUAAUUUUUUAAUGGAGUUUUACUAUUUUUAUUAAUUUUAAAAAAAUUGAAUUUUUUAUUUUAUAUUUUUUUUUAAAAUUUUUUAUUAUUUUUCUAAGAAUUAUUGAAUUUUUUCGAAUUUAUUAUAAAUUAAACAUUUAAUUAUGACUUUUGACUAUGUUUACUCAUAUUUAAAUGAGGGGUAAGAAUAGAAUGAAGAAAUAGGUAUGUUUCCAAUAGGACCAAUAUGGUCCUAUUUUGGAAUAAAAAACAUAGCAAAUCCUAUUUUGAGUUUUUGGCAUAGUUUUAGUCCUAUUUGAAGUAAUUUCUACUUAAAUAUAUUAUAAGUAGUAGUGCUAUUUUUUUUUUGCCCGAAGCAGGGGCGCUUGCCCCCUCAUGCCCCCUCAUGCCCCUUCCCAGUUUCCUCCACUGGUUAGGGGAGUCUGAGGUAAACAUGAUUGAAAUCGCCUCCAUGGAAUUUCGAACUUGAGACCUCCCAAAGAGUGAGUCGGUGACCACUUGAGUUGGACCGCUUCCUCGAUGACGUCAAUGUUAAGAUUCCCUAAAUAGUAAUACAACAAAAGAAAAUUUUAAUUUGAACUAAUAAGUGUUCAACUUAUUAUGAAGUUUGCACCAUUUGGUUCACUAGAAGUUUGCAAAUAUUUGUCAUAUGAAUUAAUAUACAUCAUCCUUUGAUUGACUUAUCUAAUAUUUCAUCAAUAUAAGUAUAACAGCGGUGAAUAUAUAUACUAAUCUCUCAAUGAAGUAUUAAUUAUAUAACUGCUAUAUAAAAUUAUAACUCCUUUGAAAUUAUGAAUUACAAAACUAAUGAUGACAAUAUAUAUUGUUGAAAUUUAUUGUGUUAAAAAUUACUUACAAAAAUAUACGAAGAAUAAUGUAGAGUGGUUGUUCGGUAUAAGUUAGAAGGGUGAAUAGAAAAAUUAUACAAUUCAAAUAAUUUGAUUUAGUAAUUUUAUCAACAACGACUUGAAGCUUGAACGAUGAAAUCUAAAAACUUAUAAACACCAAUCAUGGUUAUGACAUUUAGGAAGGGCAAAAAUGUUGGUAUAGCACUAAAGCAAAUUGCACUUGUACAAUUUGUUUUAAUGAGUGUACCAUUUAUCAUUAACCCAAUGACUUCUUCUCUACCUCCGUUAAGUUCCAACAGCAUUUUCCAACGUUUUGUGUGCCCUUCAAAUUAUAACUAUGCUAUUCAUUUGAUUGCUUUAGUUUCCAUUCAAUGUUUUUUUAUUUAAUUUUGCAUUCUAAACUUUUUCCUUGUACAAGAUAAAUUCAAUCUUGUAUAAAUUUUUAUCUUUUCUCUUUAGAAUGCAGCAAUCUAACACAAUGACACCCGAUAAAAUUUCCGUGCGGUUUGCAAAUUACCCCUUAAUUAUUAACCUGUUGUGGCCACAAAGAUUUGGAUGCAUAUCUUCAUUGUAAGAGUUGUUCUUUUCAUAUUAUUCUUAUUGCUUAUUGCUUACAAUUAUUUCAAUUCAUUUGGAUAUAAUAGAAAAUUGAGUUAGAUGAAAUCAUAUCAUAUCAGAAAAGUACCUCUCACAUCAGAAAGAUUCGGAUCAUAUAGAUCGGAAAGGAAC